ACUUUCAUGGAUAAAGCUUUGGGAAUAUCCAAGAUUAUGUUCUUAGAUGAAAUUCCUGGUAGUGAAGUUGCUGGGUAAAGAGUAUGCCCGGCUGGGAGGCCCACGGGAGCGGCGGAGAUUGUCAGUCCGGGAGGCGCCGGGAGGGCUUCCUCAGGGUUGUGGGCUAGGAAGGCCGUUGCGAGGUGCCUCCUCACAUACCCCUCGCGGGCCCAGCAGGCCAACAGUGUGGGGCGGCGGCGACGUCGACGACCGGGGCUGGGAGCACUGGCGGCCAGGGUCGCAGCCAUGGCCGAGUCUGUGGAGCGGCUGCAGCAGUGGGUCGAGGAGCCGGAGCGGGAACUGGCCCAGGAGAGAAGUCGCCGGGCCCUGGGGGGCGGCGAUGGAGGUGGCAGUCGGGCCUGCGUCGAAAAGAUGAGCCCCGAAGUGGUGGAUUCCAACCCCUACAGCUGCCUGAUGGCAUUGAAACGAAUGGGAAUUGUUAGUGACUAUGAGAAAAUCCGUACCUUUGCUGUAGCAAUAGUAGGUGUUGGUGGAGUUGGCAGUGUGACUGCUGAAAUGCUGACAAGAUGUGGCAUUGGUAAAUUGCUACUCUUCGACUAUGACAAGGUGGAACUGGCCAAUAUGAAUAGACUUUUCUUCCAACCUCAUCAAGCAGGAUUAAGUAAAGUUCAAGCAGCAGAACAUACUUUGAGGAACAUUAAUCCUGGUGUUCUUUUUGAAGUACACAACUACAAUGUAACCACAGUAGAAAACUUUGAACGUUUCAUGAAUAGAAUAAGUAAUGGUGGAUUAGAAGAAGGAAAACCUGUUGACCUAGUUCUUAGCUGUGUGGACAGUUUUGAAGCUCGAAUGACAAUAAAUACAGCUUGUAAUGAGCUUGGACAAACAUGGAUGGAGUCUGGGGUCAGUGAAAAUGCAGUUUCAGGGCAUAUACAGCUCAUAAUUCCUGGAGAAUCUGCUUGUUUUGUGUGUACUCCACCACUUGUAGUUGCUGCAAAUAUUGAUGAGAAGACGAAACGAGAAGGUGUUUGUGCAGCCAGUCUUCCUACCACUAUGGGAGUGGUUGCUGGGAUCUUGGUACAAAAUGUGUUAAAGUUUCUGUUAAAUUUUGGUACGGUUAGUUUUUACCUUGGAUACAAUGCAAUGCAGGAUUUUUUCCCUACUAUGUCCAUGAAGCCAAAUCCUCAGUGUGAUGACAGAAAUUGUAGGAAGCAACAGGAAGAAUAUAAGAAAAAGGUAACAGCACUGCCCACACAGGAGGUUGUUCAAGAAGAGGAAGAGAUAAUACAUGACGACAAUGAGUGUGGUAUUCAGUUGGUACCUGAGGUUUCAGAAGAGGAACUGAGAAAUUCUUCAGGUCCAAUUCCUGACUUACCUGAAGGAAUUACAGUGGCAUAUACAGUUCCCCCAAAGCAAGAAGAUUCUGUACCUGAAGUAACAGUGGAAGAUUCUGGUGAAAGCUUGGAAGACCUCAUGGCCAAGAUGAAGAGCAUGUAAAUAAUGGACUGGCCUGUAUUUUAUUUCCUGUGUCUAAACCUGUUCCCUAGCAAUUAAAAAAAAAUCAUUUAAAACUGAGAAAA